AUGCGUGCAGGAUUCAUUGUGGUGGCGCUUAUGGCCCUGACGGCCACCGGUGUUCAGGAGGUGUCUGGGCAGAACAUCAUCCUGGACGCCAUCAUGCGUCGGAUUCUCGAGAACCUUCGUGAGAUGAUGCGCACGGGCAAUCCGGAGACGGGAAUGCCCAUCCUGGCCCCGUACCACAACCCGGAUCUGUUCAUCAACGCCAGCUUCGGUGGAUUACUAGAUUUUGAUGCACGCUUCACACCGAUGAACAUCGUCGGCCUGGACUCUUUCGUCGGUCGGCUACAGGUGGACCUGUCCAACCUACGGUUCCCCUUCGAGUUCCGCUUCUCCGAGCUGAGCGCCCACGGUUUCUACGACGCCAACGGACGUCUGUGGGGUCUGAUUCCCAUCUUUGGCAUCGGUGACUUCUCAGUCCGCCCGCGGGACAUCUUGGCGACUGGUUUCGCCCAGAUCACUGACAACGGCCAGGGUUUCCUGAUGCUGUCCGACUUCUCUAUCAGCCUGCAGAUCGACUCGCUCGAGAGCAACAUCCAGGGCCUGCUACUUGGCGGUGAGUUGUCCGAUCUGCUGAACGCCGUCAUCCAGGAUAUUGUCCCGUCGGUGCUGCGUAACUUCCCCGAUGGCAUGACGAACCUGCUGAACGCACUGGUCGUCCCUAUCGCGAACCGCUUCCUGGCCACGCGCACGAUGGAGGAUCUGAUGGGAUUGCUGUUCCCAUAA